AAUUACUAAAAAAAAAAAAAAAACAUUACCGUAAUAUUGAUUAGCGAUUUAUGACGAGGCAUUCUACUUAAUAAGAGAGAGAGAGGUGAACAAAACUGCUUAUACGCUGUGGCAGAGGAAUACUAGAAAGACAAGUUGUAGAUGAAAUUCUUUAUUUCGAUGUCUAAAACCUAAGCAAACAGCUCUUACACUGUCCAGAAUAAGCGAAGUCGAAGUUAUUCAGCAGUGCGCCACAAGCCUUUCGGGGGUGUGACUACAGUCAUUGGGGUCUAUAUAUUGAGAUGUUUUGUCCUCUAGCUAGAUGUGAAUGAGGGAAGCUGACCAGUGGAAACUCGCCGCAGCGGGACUGUGUGCCACCUCUCUGCAACUCACUUUCUCUCUCUCUCUCUCUCUCUCUCUCUCUGUCGCAUCACCAUGGAUUCCUAUUUUCUAGCACUUCGCAUGAUUUUUCUUGUGGCAUCGCUCACCCGCAGGUCAGGUGCGAGCGGGCCGGUCAUUAGGUGUGAGCCGUGCGACAUCAGAGCGCGCCUUUUGUGCAAGCCUUUACCCAAGGAAUGCGCCGAGAGAGUCCGCGAACCUGGCUGCGGCUGCUGCAUGACUUGCGCCCUUAGCUUCGGCCAGCCGUGUGGAGUGUACACCGGGAGAUGCAGCUCCGGACUGACCUGCCAGCAUCAGCCAGGUGAAACGAAGCCUCUGCAGGCUCUGCUUGAGGGUCGAGGUGUUUGCGUAAACGCGACGAACAGACGGCCGUCGGUCAGACCCACACCCACAUAUCCGGUCAAUGAAGUGCCAGACAACACAGAGGCUAAGGAUAAGGAGGAGAAGCCAUCCUGUCCAGAUCUUGAAACUUCAUGUAACCCUGCACCUCCCAGGCCUUCGCUUCACCCCAUCCUGUCCUCCGCAAAGUCAAAUGCCAUCAGAUGGGAUCAACAGAAGGCAACCCGGAUCUGUAAGGUGGAGGAUCUCUCAGGACCAGUCAUCACAGACCAACUAAACAUCUCUCUAGAAACCAAACAGGAGCCUGAGUAUGGUCCCUGUCGAAGAGAAAUAGAGUGCAUACUCAGCACCCUGAAAAUUAUGAACAUCCUCAACCCCAGAGGCUUCCGCAUCCCAAACUGUGACAAGAAGGGCUUUUAUAAGAAAAAGCAGUGCCGUCCAUCCAAAGGCAGAAAGCGAGGCUUCUGUUGGAGUGUGGACAAAUAUGGGCAGCCUCUGCCAGGUCUUGAUGGGAAGGAGCGAGAAGUCCAGCGCUACAACUCCGAGAGCCAAUAGGAGGAAAGCAGGCUGGGGAGGGAGGGAGUUUUCGAGUGAACAAAAAGAACUGUAAACAAAUAGAAGCACUAAGGAUAUUGGAGGACAGGUCAGGAGAUGGCUUGGCUGAUAUAUGGAUAGUUGCUGUUUCUAUCUGUUGUCUGUCGGACCCUUUUUCACCGAGACAGAACAAAGGGAGCGGUGAAAGUGUAUCAGGAGGAAAGACCUGGAAUUUAUGCUACAAACAGACGAUAAGCUCUUUUAUUUUUUACUCCCACCUGGACAACUCCUGGAAAAAUUACACGCUUCAGAAUUCAUUUUGAAUGCCUUAAACUGAUUAGGAAGCACACACACACCCCUGCACACACGCAAACAUGUCACAGAUGGCGAUUGGGUUAGCGCUUCAUUUUACGCACAAUUAUAUGGCAUCGCAUAUGUGUACAUACAUUUUGUUGUAUAAUCAUUAUUUGUGUGCUUGUAAUUUGUAGCAGACAUUUUGUAUCUGGACGAGAUGACCAUGAAAUGUAUAUACGUAUGAAUUUGUUCAGUCUAAUUAUGCAGUGCCUUACUAUGAAUGCCUGUUAGGAGUUCCAUUGUUUCUAGUGGAGUAUGAUGGAACUGUGCAGCUCAGAUACUACAAUGCAUUCAAAGGCAUUUUAUGCUGGAUCUUAAGCCACAGAAAGAAUUUUUUUUUUUUAUCUCAACUGUGGCUAUUUUUAUGAUUGAUGAGCUGAAUAAGCUGAACAGUUGGGCUGAAGACCUCUGCCGUUAUCUUUGAUUUUUCAUAAAGCCAGAGAUUUUGUUCUGUGCUCUCUUUUAGCUGAAGUAUGUUUGCAUGUACAGUCCAGCAACUGAAGUCUAUUUUUACUUAAUAAAGGCAGCAAAAACUAA